AUGUCUCUGCAGAGCAAUGUGUGGGCUAUUGCAGGGAAAUGGGUUUCAACCAUCGCUGGAGCUCUCCACUCUGUGCUCACCGUCGUCGUCUUCCUGCUUCUAGACCUUCUCGACACUGUUUUCUGCUUAAUUUACAGGUUCAUCGACGAGUAUCUCGAAGGGAAAAGGAAAAAGCCAUGCUAUUGUGAAAAGCGAGACGGGAAUGGCGGAACUACAGGCGAGAUUCAGCUCUCAGAGACGAUGUGGGGCAGAAGAAAUGUGUUUAGGCUGAUGGGUGCUCGUCUUCCGUCCAAAAGACUCAAACUUCAGCCGGUGGAUUGCAAGAAGUCGAGUGACGACUGCGGCACCACUGCCGGAAGAUGGUCGGAUUGUCGGUGCGAGUCGUGUGUUUCUUGGACGAAGAACGGUGAUGGCCGGAAAUUGCAUGUGGUGGUUAGAGAGCCGUCCUCGUCAGCGGCUGGCUCUGGAGAAUCGAUUGAGAAUGUGAUAUUUGUACAUGGGUUCCUCGCUUCAUCCUCCUACUGGACUGAAACUGUAUUCCCCAAUCUCUCCAAAAAUCAGAACUACAGAAUGUUUGCAAUCGACCUUUUAGGUUUCGGUGAAAGUCCCAAGCCGAUGGAUUGUCUCUACACACUGCAAGACCACUUGGAGACAAUUGAAGACUCAGUUGUGAAGCCAUUUCAAGUCAAGUCCUUCCACAUCGUCGCCCAUUCAAUGGGCUGCAUUAUAGCCUUGGCCCUCGCGGCUAAGUACUCUGGAUAUGUGAAAUCCAUAACCCUCGUAGCGCCGCCUUACUUAGCGAGAUCGGAAGAAGAAGAGUCAAGUUUGAGAGCACUUGAGAAGAUCGCGAAGAAGAGACUCUGGCCACCGCUGAUGUUUGGGGCGGCAUUGAUGUCGUGGUACGAGCACUUGGGCCGCUGCGUCUGCUUCCUGGUUUGCAGACACCAUAGAGCGUGGGAGAAGUUGCUGAUGCUGCUCACUCGAAGCAGGAACGUACAUUUCAUGCUGCGAGACUUGACGAGGCACACCCAUCAUUCGGCGUGGCACACGAUGCACAAUGUGAUCUGUGGCGGGGCUAGAUGUAUGGAUGAGUUCUUGGAGAUGGUGUCGAGAUCCGGAGCGGAGGUGUUUGUGGUUCAUGGCGAUCAGGACCCUGUUGUUCCAUUGGAGUGCAGCGUAAAUAUGAAGAGGAAGUUUUGGGACAAUGAUAAGCAACUGACGUUAGAUGUUGUGUGGAAUGCUGAUCAUACCUCUGUGAUUAUGGGGAGGGAGAAAGAGUUUACUCGAAGAUUAGAGCAAAUCUGGAAGGAGUCUUCUGGUUCCUGCCCUCCUGAUUCCCUGCAACUGUAAUAAUAUUGGUCAAUUGUUUGUUGAUGGACCAUUGGCUAUAUAUAAGUUCAUAGAGGAUGCAUUUUCCCAGCAUGUCAGCAAUCUGAAUUGGGAUAAAUAUGCAGGCAGGCUCAUUGUAAGCACAGGUUGGUACCGUCUCAUCAUAAUUUUAGGGAUCUGGGUUGCCUGCAGUAGCAAAAUUAGGGAUCUGGGUGUGUCAGUCUGCAUUAAUAGAAGUCAUUGAGCAUAGCCUAACCAGGGAAUAUUGCAUAAGCAGUUUUGGCCAAGUGAAACACUGAAACUUGUAACGACGCCAAGUGACAAUGAUUAAUCUUCAAAUUAUUAGCUCUGAAAGGAAAGGAAUA